GCGCCACUCGACGAAAAGUUCGCACUUGUCGAGAAGAACCCUUGUCUACUUCACCCAGAUUGCGGUCGCUUCAAGAAUAUUAUUAUAACUGCAUGCAAGCCAUAAGUAACCGCCUUCCGCCCGGACCAGCGGCAACAAGGUGCCGCAAUGUCGCGGCUUCCGCUUCCGCCUGCCAAGCGCCAGCGUCACGGUCCCGGACCCAUUAGAGGUGGUGGCGGUGGCGGGCGGGGACCGCGCGCCGCCGCCGCGUCAGGCACCGCGGCGGCACCACGGCACCCACACAGCGACGCAAUUUUUGGCGAUGACGAGGAGCCGGGGGCGAAGGCGGAUGACGACGCCGACGAUGUGAUUGUGGUGGACAGCAGCAGUGAGCCGGAGCCGGAGGCGGCGGCGGCGGGCCUGGGUGAUGCGGGUCGAAGAGCAGGACAGCACGCGGGUGUGCAUGCGGCUGACACCAACACGCGCGGGGCAGCGGCGGCAAAGGCCGCGCAAGGCGCAGCGCAGGGCGUGGGGCCGCCCGGUGGCGGUGGCGCCGGCGGCGCCGGCGCCGGCGGCGGCGGGCCGCUGGUGGUGAUGCUGUUGGAUGCUGUGGAGGCUCCGGGCGGCGGCGGGGAGCUGCGGCUGUGGGGACGGGAGGCUGGCGGGCAGACCGUGCUGAUACGGGUCGCCGACUUCUGCCCGUACAUGUACAUCGCCGCGCCGUACCGGGUGGGCGCACGCCGCGAGGUGCCGGCGGCGGCGGCGGCGGCGGCAGGAGCGGCGGCGGCGGGAGUGGGUGAUGCGAGGUCUGGCAGCGGUAGCAGUGGCGGCGGCGGCGCUGGGACUGGGAGUGGGACUGGGAGUGGCGGCGCGGGUGGGGUUGCGGGUGGCGGUGUCCAGUCACAGCAGUGGAGCGGUGACGAGCUGCGCCAACUCCAGGAGUACCUCAACGCCAGGCCCGCAGCUCCCGACGGCUCGCCGCACCUGCGCCUCCGCCUGCGCCCCGGCGGCGCCGCCAAACGGGCCGCCGCCGCCCUGUCCGGCAUCCUGACGCAGCCGCAGCCGCAGGGAGGCGCUGGCGGAGGAGGUGGAGGAGGCGGAGGAGGUGGAGGUGGAGGAGGCGCUGGUGGUGGUGGGGCGCUGGAGGCGGCACUGGGGAUGCGGUUUGUGGACCGGACCGUCUACGAAGCAGAUCUCAAGCCGCUCAUGCGCUUCCUGUGUGACUCAGCGCUGUCGGGCGGCGCCUGGCUCCACCUGCAGCCGCAGGCGGCGGCGGAGGCGGAGGCAGACGCGGCGGCGGCGGAGGGGGCGGCGGCAGUGCCGGCUAGGGCGGCUGGGGUGGCGGCAGCUGGAGCAUCUGUGACGGAUGCGGCCGGAUGGGCGGGUGGUGAUGCCGACGUGGGCGCGGGGUAUGUGGAGGUGGCGCGGGUGGCCCGUGCAUCCAAUUGCGACAUCGAGGUGGCGGCGCCGUGGCGUGCGCUGCAGUCGCUCACACCCGAUGCCACACAGCUGGCCGACCCGGCGUGGUGCCCCCAGAUCGUACGGCAGGCCGCCGCCGGCGCACUGCCGCCGCCACUCGCCGGCGCCGUACUGGCGGCGCGUGACGGCGCCGUGGCGCCACUGGCCGUACUGACGGUUGACGUACUGUCCGUAGCGGCGGACGGCGCCAACCGUACGCCCGUACCUGCCAAGGACGAUCCCGUGAUCUGCAUCUCGUGCGACGUACGGACGUUCGGCACGCUCGGCAGUGCAGCGAAUGCGGCGGCGGCGGCGGCGGCUACUGCUGCGUCGGACACGGGGGCGGGACCAGGGGGUGCCAGUAGCAGCAGUGGCGGGGGUAGCAGUAAUGGCGGCGGCAGUAGCCGCAGUGGCGGGCGUGUGCCGGAGGCUGUAGUCUUCAUGCUGGCGCCAGGGAACGGCGGCGGUCGGGAUCGCGCGCCGCCGCCGCCGCCGCUGCCGGACUGGGUGCCUCGUGGCGGCGGCGGCCCCGGCGCGGCAGCGGCGGCGUCAGCCCGGCGGGGGGCGUGUGUGGCGGCGGCGGUUCGUGUGCGCUACUUUGACAGCGAACGAGAUUUGCUGAUGGCCUGGAAGCAGUGGCUGCUGGAUGUGGACCCCGACGUCAUCGCCACAUUCCAGGUCCGGGACACGCUGGGUGCGCUGCGUGAGCGCUUCGCCCGCCUGCGCCUCGAGGCCGGCGGCGCCUGCCUCGUCAGCCGCCUGCGGAGCCCCGGCCCCUCCGCCUCCUCCUCCUCCGGACCUGGCUCCUCCUCCGCCGCCAGUGCCGCCGCCGCCGCCGCUCCUCCCGGCUGCGCUCUGACUGUUCGCAGCGUGGUGACGUACAGUCCGGACUGGGUGCGCAAGCAGGGCCGCAUGACCAGCACCAGCAACCAGGAGACGUUCCGUGCGGACGUGUGCGGGCGCGUGUGUGUGGACGUGCUGCGGCAGGUGGUGGCGAGCCAGUCGCUGUGCAGCUUCAGCCUGGUGGACUGCGCGCAGUCCCUGCUGGACACCACCCUGGAGGUCCUGAGUCCCUUGCAGCUACACCGCCUGUGGUCGCAGCUGCAGCAGCUGCAGCAGCUACAGCCACAGCCGCCGGCAGUAGCAGCGGCCGCAGCAGCAGCAGCAGCAGCAGCAGCGGCGGCGGCGGGGCCGUUCGGGCCCAAUGCCGCGCCAACCGCUGCGGCGCCGGGCUGCGGCGGCGGUGCCGCCGCUGCCGCCGCCUUUCGGUUGGGCAGUUACGCUGUACGGCGGUUGGACGUUGUGGUUCAGUUGAUGGAGCGGUUGGCCACACUUCCCGAGAUGCUGGAGAUGGCGCGGGUUACGGGUCUGACACUGACGCAGGUGUUGUACAACGCCCAAAUGAUCAAGACUUGGAGCCUGCUGCACCGCAACGCCCACCGUCAGAACUACAUUGUGGGCGGCGCACGGGAGGCCGGGUCUCUGACUGAGAGCCCCUACCUGCUGCACCCCAUUGAGAACAAGACCGCGGGCCUGUACCGGGGCCCGGUGGCCACCCUGGACUUCGCCUCGCUCUACCCCUCGCUGUUCCGCGCCCACAACCUGUGCUACACCACCCUGGUACACCCGGACGACGUGGCGGGGCUGGGCGGGCGCGCGGGCGGCCGGCUGGGCCACUCGCCCACCGGGCACGUGUUCGUCAGGCAGGAGGUGCGCCUCGGUAUCCUGCCCACCAUCCUGGCAGCACUCAUGACCGCGCGCGCCGCCACACGAGCCGCCAUCAAGGCACUCGGCGGCGGCGGCAGCGGCGCCGCCACUGACCUGCACGCCGCCGCCGCCGCCGCCAUGGUUUUGGACGGGCGCCAGAAGGCGCUAAAGGUCACAGCCAACGCCCUGUACGGCUUCACGGGCGCCGCCGCCUCCCCGCUGCAGUGUGUGCCGCUGGCCGACUCCUGCCUGGCCCUGGGCGCCGCCGCCUGCCGCCGAGCCAUCCAGCUCAUCGCCGGCGCCAUCGCCCAGGGAGAGCUCGGCGACCCGCCCGCCGCCCCUGCUACUGCUGCUACAGCCGCUGCUGCCCCUGCCGCCCCUGCUACUGCUGCUGCUACAGCCGCUGCUGCUGCCGCUACCGCUGCUAGUGCAAGCACAGGAGGCGGCGGUGCAAGCAGCAAUGGUGCGGCGGGCGCGGCGCCGGCGCCGGGAGCCGAGGCCAGUGCGGCGGAGACGGCGCCGACGGCGCCUCACACACGUGUGGGCGCGCCGCGCUCUGCUGCGGAGGGUGGUCGUGUCAUCUACGCGCAGACGGACUCGGUGUUCGUGCACUUCCCCCGAGCCAGCCCGCUACAGGCGAUGCGGCUGGGCAGGCAGGCCGCGGCGCUGGUGUCUGCCUCCAUGUCCGCCCCUAUGGCGCUGCAGUUUGAGCGCGUGCUGGCGCCCUGCCUGCUGCUGCACGUCAACAGGUACGCGGGCCGGGCCCUGGACACGGAGGCGGCGGCGGAGGCGCCCGAGCAGCGGGGCACACUGCUGGUCAAGGGCAUCAAGUGCGUGCGCGCGUGUGGGUGCGAGCGUGUGUAAGUG